AUGGAAGCUUCAGAGGAAGUCGCAGCCAAUGUUGUGAAAGGGAAGAGAACGAAGAGGUUAAGGGUCCAUUCACCAAUCCCUUUUGGUUUAACAGCUAAUUCAUCAAGUGGAGAUGGUGGCACCAAUUGGUCACCAGCAACUUCCAUUGAUGAAUUUCAAGAUAGCACUGAAGAAGAAGAAGACAUGGCCAAUUGCCUUAUCCUUCUUGCCAAAGGCCAUUCACGAGAUUUCCCAAAACAACAGAAGCAGCAGCAACAACAACAACACCGUCAAGACUAUGAUACAAGAGGAGGAGGAGGAGGAGGGGUUUACACCACCAAAUUCAAUAGUAGAAAAUUCCUAGAAACUGCUAAUUCAACAGGUUCUGGCAAGGUUGGUUACUAUGUUUAUGAGUGCAAAACGUGUAACCGAACGUUUCCAUCUUUUCAAGCAUUAGGCGGACAUAGGGCUAGUCAUAAGAAGCCUAAGGCAACCCACCAUGACGAAAGGAAGCAAAAUCUUUCGCUAUCGUCCGACGAAGAAGAUGUGCAUUACAAGAACGUUUCUUCUCUUUCUCUUCAAUUGAGUGAUAACAAUACUAAUAGAGGUACGUACAGCAAUCACAAUAAAGGCAAGAUUCAUGAGUGCUCAGUUUGUGGUGCCGAGUUUACAUCAGGACAGGCCUUAGGUGGUCAUAUGAGGCGGCACCGGGGGCCUUUUGUGUCUAGUACCACAACCUUGUCAUUAACACCAAUGGCUAUAGAAUCUGAGGAACCCCAGAAAGCAAGAAACGCACUUUCUUUGGAUUUGGAUCUCAAUCUUCCAGCCCCAGAAGAUGAAAAAAUUGCCUUUGCUUCCAAGCAACAACAAAAACAACAGCAACAGCAGCAAAACAGUACACCUCUUGUCUUCUCUAGCCCGGCUUUGGUGGAUUGUCAUUACUGA